CUCUGCACUCAGACUUAUACAGCCUGUCCUUUAUCCCGUGCUAGCCCUUGUUGCUCUUCCAGUGAACACGCUGACCAUUGUGGUCCUGUCCUGGGGAAAGUGCGGUCUCUCCACUGGUGUCACUCGCUACCUGAUGGCCAUGGCAGCGGCCGAUCUAUUGGUCAUUAUUGUCGAUCUGAUAAUGAGGCAGAUUCCCAUUGUUUACCGGCAAGCAUUUCGGUUCGUGUGGUAUGUCCCAGUGUGUAAUUACCACGCCUUCUUCCUUUACGCCGUCAUCGACUGUUCUGUCUGGUUCACCGUCACCUUCACCUUUGAUCGAUUUGUGGCCAUUUGUUGCCAGAAGUUGAAAACAAACUAUUGCACCGAGAGAACAGCGGCUGUGGUUCUGGGGACAGUGACCGUGCUGAGCUGUUUAAAGAACAUCUACUGGUAUUUUAUGUUGGGCCGUUGGUACAGACUAUUUAAUGAGCCCUGGUUUUGUUGGGAAAGACCCAAUGUUACUUUCUCACUGGCCUGGGGAAUCGGGGAGUUUCUCCAGUAUCUCAUCACCCCCGUGAUGCCAUUUGUCCUCAUUGUUGUGUUCAACACUUUGACCAUCAGAUACGUGUUAGUGGCGAGCAGAUCCCGCAGGAGAUUGCGGGGUCCCAGCAGUGGGGAGAGUGGCAGAGACCCGGAGAUGGAGAGCCGCAGGAAAUCCCUCAUUUUACUGCUGGUCAUCUCGGGGAAUUUCAUCGUGUUGUGGGCGGUCUAUGCGGUAAAUGUUGUGUGGUACAGACUGUAUUAUUUAAUUCCUAGCGUGGGCUAUCCACACCCCCUCAUUGGCGAACUGGGCUUCAUGUUGCAGAUGCUGAGCUGCUGCACAAACACGGCUCUUUACGUCCUCACCCAGACUAAGUUCAGGCAGCAGUUCAAACAAUUGGUGAAAUCGCCCGUUUCUCUGAUUGUAAAAUGCACUCAGCGUCGCGGGGGUUUAGGAAUCCGUUCCCACUCCAUCCCAUCUGCUCCCCCCGCCCCCUCUCUCCCCAACACACUGAGGAUCCUCAGUGAACUGGUCCACAGAUGACUCUUGUGACCCUGGUGACCUCCGAUUCCGCCACAAAGAUCCACCCACCGAAGAUCCACCCACCUGCCCCACCGAAUCUCCGGCAGUUUCUGGACCCACCCACCCACCACACCCUCCCA